UGUGAAAGGUUAGUGGAUACCUGUGGAUUUGUGGAUACUUAAGAGUGUAUAAUAUAUUGCAAAAAAAUGAGCUUUUACGUUGUGUUCAAGUGCAAAAAUCGAUGCACAAAAAAAAAUGUUGAACAAUUAGAAGUGGAAAGUGCUUUAAACCGGAAAAUUUCAUUUCAUUUAUUUCCCAAAAAUCUGGAGAGACGCAAGAAAUGGCUUAAAGCUUUACUCUUAGAAAAUUAUGAACCAGUAAAAUCAGCCGCAAUUUGUUCUGCUCAUUUUAAAAAUACGGAUUAUGAACCAAAUCAUACAAAUCGCAAGUUAAAAAAAGAUGCUGUUCCAUAUUUACUCGAAACGGAAAUUCAGCCUGCAAUUCAAAUUGAUUUACAUCAUCAAAACACUAUUCAAGAAAACACUACUAUUGAAAAAAAUAAUAACGUUGCUGACAAAAAUAUUGAAACAAAUAUGGAAUCAGAUAAUAUAAUGAGUACACAUUCAUGUAACAUUAAUCAAAUACAUCGUUCCACCAGUAUAUCUCCAGACCGAAUUAUAAACUCACCAAUAAAAACUGGAAUUCGAAAGGUGUACACCAAUAAAAUUAAAACUUUAAAAAGAAGGUUAUCUACAAGUCAAUAUGAACAAAAAAAAAUACAGAAGAAGUUGCUUACACUAAAAAAUGUAUUAAAGGAUGUGCAGAAGCGGAAACUACUAACUGAAGAAGAGAGUGAGAGUAUAUUACAAUAUUUGGAUGCAAGUAUGCAUUGUUUAAAGGUCAAUAAAAAGAAAUAUUAA